CUGCUGUUCCACCUGAUCGCGGAAGCCCCGGAGACCGUGUGUGUGUGUGUGUGGUGCGGCUGUUCCCGUUAGCGGAGUCCCAUGACGGACAGACGUGUGUUGGGAGGUACGGUACGCCAUGGAGAAGACUCUACCUGCUCUUAUAGCUGCUUCUCAAUGGGAGUUGGUUGCAGCGGCGUAUUGUCUGAAGUACAACUACAACUCUCAUCUCGGGACAUAUGUAGCCACCUUCGUGUAUUGUAGUACCCGAUGCUGUGGCGAAGAGAGGGCGUGUUGUACGGAGGAAACGACAACUGUAUACAACAGUGUUGUCAACGUUUGGUACUUCUGGGCCAUAGUUGUUGUCGCCUUGUUCACGCUGUGCCUGGCCGUGAUCGCCGCCUGCUGCAGGUGGAGUAACGGCAGAGGUCGGGCCCGCCGGCGGACUAGGGUCAGGGCGAUAAACAUCAUGCCUGCAGUUGGUCGUCCACAGUCACAAGUCCCUACGAGCACGUCUACGCCGGGGACGGCAGACAGAUCGGGGCUGUCGCGGUUCACCUUCACCCUCCCCGGGGCACCUCCCCCCUACUACCCGGCGUCGCCCCCUCCCUCGUACGAUGAGGUCUGCAGGCAAAGUACAAGAGUGCCGAAAGACUUGGAGGACACAGAAGAAACAGAACGUAAUAAUCAUGGAUGACUAUGGUGUUGUAAUCUUGUCAUUUUCGAUUAUUUAUGUCGAAGAAAUGCAAUUGUCGAGUUGUCGCCAUAUUGAUGAUGAUAAUGCGCCCUACGUGCUUUUUGUAAUCUUCAAGCAGAAGUAAGGGUAGAAAAUCGUACGGGGAGGGAUCACUAAAUGAACGUUCCUUUGCAACACAUGGUUUAGCCAAUAGCAAAUCAAAGAGUGGUCCCUUCCGUAACAAUUUCUGACUGGUCUUCUCUGACAGUUACUACCCCAACAUCUGCUUGGAGAUUAUGCUUUUUAUUUCAUUGGCGUGUUGUCUAAAACCUAUGUGAUCCUUUAGGUUUAGA